CUUCCUAAAAACAUUUCCUUUUUUUUUUCUCACCCACCAAAAACUGGGUUGGAAAAGAGACUGUUUUUCAGUCCAUCAAUCAGGGAUUCCAUUUUAGUUUGUCUUCCCUCCCCUGGUCCGUUCUCUUCCAGAUACAGAAAAUCGAUCUGAUUUUUCUGUGCUGGAUGAAGACUUUGAGAAAAUCUUUUGGAGAAGCAGAAUCAAGCCCAUUCCAACAAAUCAUAGCAAGUUUUUCAUUUUUGUUUUUGCUGGAUGGUUUUCUGGCAAAAUUUGCUGAAAGAUGGGUAACUUUGCUUGAAAGCUCUAUCAAGGAGGCAUUUCCGCCUUAGAGUGCUAAGUGCAAAUCAUUAACAUGAAUAGCAAACAAGUCUUUCUCUCCAGUUUCCCAGGCACAGCAUGAUCUCCCUGAGGAAGCAUGUAGAGCCUGACAGCUUCACUAACACCACUGAAAACAGACUAAGUGAGGCAGGGGAGGUAGAAAGAGUCCAAAGAAUCAUCAUCUCAUUUUCUUCCCCGUGUUUAAGAUUUGUAUUUAAGCUGUGACUUGGGUCUUGCACAUGUUUAUUUCAUGGUUGGUUGUUUUCCCUCUUAAUGGCUCUGGUGAUUGAAUUAGGGGUGUGACCUUUCUGUGGGCAAGGUCCAUGUGAUAGCCUGAUUUCAACAGAGCACAUUUAGUGCUUGUGAAUAUAAGGAUGUAGUUGUAAUAAUAGCCCACAAAGGUCUUCUCGAUGGUAUUGCUACUCUUGUUCCACAGCUGGUAGCCUCAGAGGGGAGGUUAGCUAAGGUAGGCAAAGCCGAGUGCAGCGCUACUUCAGAACACUCAAGGAUCUGGGUUCAUCCUUGGUUUUAUUCUCACUGGAUGGCUGCUCAGUUUUUUAGGCUGGGCUGUGGGUUCAGUCCCAGCUCCACCAAAGGCUUGCUAGGUUACAUGCAGGCUGUUUACCCCCUGUCUCGUUCCCCAUCUACACUGUGAGGCCAUAAUGCAUUGAGAAAGUGAGGAUGGGCACUUCAGAGCAGUGAUUCCCAACUUUUUUCUUGAGCCACAGUCAGCUGUAAUUUCUUGCUCUCUACCAGGAUAACAUGCAGAACUGAGGAGCCAGUAAGGGCUUCCUUAAGGGCUACAUGUUGGGAAUUAUUGUUGCAAAAGCUGCAAAGGCCAUGGAAACAUUUGUUAAGUGUAGUAAGUAGAAGUAAUCCUGGUUACACACUGCUGUUUAUUUCAUGUCUUUGAAUCCGGCCAGCUUUGUUGUUAGGUGGUGAUUUUCUUUACCAAAGGGAGUCUUUGCACUGUCAUUGAGAAAGGGACAGCUAUGGGAUUGACUUCUCUGAUGCAGCCAAGAACACUUCUAACUUUAGCUAUCUUGGUGAUUGAGUUUGUGUAUGCUAUUGUGGGCAUCAUUUGGCUAACGCAGUACUACACUUCCUGCAAUGAUAUCACCGCAAAGAGUGUCACUUUGGGAAUGGUGGUGUGCAACUGGGUUGUCAUCCUGAGUGUCUGCAUCACUGUCUUAUGCGUCUUCGACCCGACAGGCCGGACCUUUGUCAAACUGCGUGCCACGAAGCGGAGGCAGCGCAACCUAAGGACCUACAACCUGCGACAUCGCCUGGAGGAAGGGCAGGCCAGCAGCUGGACGCGCCGACUCAAGGUUUUUCUUUGCUGCACACGGACAAAGGACUCUCAGUCGGAUGCCUACUCUGAAAUUGCCUACCUUUUUGCUGAGUUCUUCCGAGACCUUGACAUCGUCCCAUCUGACAUCAUUGCAGGCCUGGUACUGCUGCGCCAGCGGCAGCGGGCAAAGCGCAACGCUGUUCUGGAUGAGGCAAACAAUGACAUUUUAGCUUUUCUGUCUGGGAUGCCAGUGACCAGGAACACAAAGUAUCUGGAUCUGAAAAAUGCGCAAGAGAUGCAGCGAUACAAAGAGGUGUGUUACUACAUGCUGUUUGCCCUGGCUGCCUAUGGCUGGCCCAUAUACCUGAUGAGGAAGCCCACAUGUGGACUCUGUCACCUGGCCAGAUCCUGCUCGUGUUGCUGUCUCUGUCCUUCACGUCCCCGCUAUGCACCCAGUGUCACCAUUGAAGAGGAUAAUUGCUGUGGCUGCAAUGCCAUCGCCAUCCGGCGCCACUUCUUGGAUGAGAACAUGACCUCGGUGGACAUCGUUUACACUUCUUGCCACGAUGCGGUUUAUGAAACUCCUUUUUAUGUGGCUGUGGACCAUGAGAAGAAGAAGGUGGUCAUCAGUAUCCGAGGAACUCUGUCUCCAAAAGAUGCCCUGACUGACCUGACUGGGGAUGCAGAGCGCCUUCCAGUUGAGGGUCACCAUGGAACGUGGCUGGGACACAAGGGAAUGGUGCUAUCUGCUGAGUACAUCAAGAAGAAGCUGGAGCAAGAGAUGGUGCUUUCUCAAGCCUUUGGACGAGACUUGGGGAGAGGAACAAAACACUAUGGCCUGAUUGUGGUUGGCCAUUCCCUAGGGGCUGGCACAGCUGCCAUCCUGUCCUUCCUCUUGCGUCCGCAGUACCCAUCACUGAAGUGCUUUGCUUAUUCUCCCCCAGGUGGGCUGCUGAGUGAGGAUGCCAUGGAAUAUUCAAAAGAGUUUGUGACUGCAGUCGUGCUUGGCAAAGAUCUAGUGCCCAGAAUUGGUCUCUCUCAGCUGGAGGGAUUUCGCCGGCAGCUUCUGGAUGUUCUUCAGAGAAGUAACAAACCAAAGUGGCGGAUCAUUGUGGGUGCUACCAAGUGCAUACCCAAGUCAGAGCUUCCUGAAGAGACUGAAGAGAACUCGGUAACUAGCAACCGCCUCUGGACCCACCCCAGUGAUCUGACCAUUGCCCUGUCUGCCAGCACGCCUCUCUACCCACCUGGCCGCAUCAUCCACGUGGUGCACAAUCAUCCUGCAGAGCAAUGCUGUUGCUGUGAGCAAGAGGAUCCCACUUACUUUGCUAUCUGGGGUGACAAUAAGGCAUUUAAUGAAGUGAUCAUCUCACCGGCUAUGUUGCACGAACACCUCCCAUACGUGGUCAUGGAAGGGCUCAACAAGGUCUUAGAGAAUUACAACAAGGGGAAAACAGCCUUACUUUCUGCAGCCAAAGUGAUGGUGAGCCCUACAGAAGUGGAUCUCACUCCAGAGUUGAUCUUCCAGAGUCAGCCCUUGCCUAGUGGACCCUGUGUGCAGAUUGGAACUGGAGCCCUAACAGUGGACAGAAGGAACAGCAGUACAAAGAGCAAGUCCCAUUCUGAAAUCAGCUUGGAGGGGUUUUAUGAGACAAAGCCACUUUCUCCCGUGCAGAAGGACCCCGUGGAGCUGCUUCUCCUGGACACAAAGGAACGUCUGUCUGUGGAGCUGCAGGACCGCCGUGCCCCUCUUGCCACCAUGGAGAGCCUCUCUGACAAUGAAUCCAUCUACAGCUUCGAUUCGAGGCGCUCCUCUGGUUUCCGGAGCAUCCGAGGCUCCCCCAGCCUCCACGCUGUUAUGGAGAAGGAUGAGACACACUGCUUUUAUAUAGACCCUGCUAUCCCUGAGGAGAACCCCUCCCUCAGCUCUCGGACAGAGCUGCUGGCUGCUGAUAGCCUCUCCAAGCACUCCCAGGAGACUCAGGCUCCUGACAAUGCGCUCAACAGUGGUGGCACCACCCCUCAGAGGCGCUGCAGCGAGGAGGGGGCCAGCAUCGAGGGGGACCGUGUUUCUUUAGCCCCCCGUGAGGAGCUGGCCCUCCAGAACGGACGGCUCACCGAUGUUCCCAGUCCUCAGGUGCUGGAAUUUGCCGAGUUCAUAGACAGCCUCUUUAAUUUGGAUAGCAAAAGCAGCUCUUUCCAGGACAUCUACUGCAUGAUGGUAUCAGAUAGCUCCAGUGACUUCGCAGAGAUGCCCAAAUCUGUUAGCGAUCAGGAGAUCCUGUUGAGGGCACAGUAUGAACCCAACUUAGUCCCAAAGCCCCCGAGGUUGUUUGCAGGCUCAACAGAUCCUUCGUCGGGCAUCUCUGUCUCACCUUCCUUCCCCCUUAGUUCAUCCGGAGAGCUCAUGGACAUCACUCCCACGGGUGUGAGCAGCCAGGAGUGCCUGGCCACUGACAAAAUCCGGACUUCCACCCCCACCGGGCACGUAACCAGCCCUGCCAAGCAGGAGGACCUCAUGAUUUCAGCCCUCUAGUGCAGGGUAAAGGGGUGCGGCUCUGAGAGCUGAUCCCAUAGGCUGAGUGCUGGGAUAAUACUCGGAGAGGAGGUGGUCGUCAGGCAGUUGGAAUUGGUGGAGACAGCUGGAAACAUUCCUUCUGGGGUGACACGGUGGUGGCAUGCCGUCUGGAGGAUGGAUUGUGCUUGAGUACCAUGCUUGCUUCUGGGAGAAGAAGCAUUGCUUCACAAGGCCUGCUACACUAGGAGGGUCUGAGCUACUAAAGGUAGAUGCAAGUUCCCUACCUCAGCCUGUCUCAUUCCAUGUAAGAGGCAGAUUCCUUGCCCCAGGGCACCUGCUGAGUUUGGAAGUGAGAUACCUUGCUCCAGGGAAUUUGCAAGGGCAAAGGGGGUAGAGGUUUGAGAGUUGGAUAGACAGAAGUGAGGGGGGCAGGCCAGAACCCCCCCCCCUCCCUCGGUACCAUUUCAGUGGUUUUGGAAAUGAACGUAUUGAGACUUUGGGCCCUGUUGCACUACCAUGUCAGAUCUGGCCCAAGAUCCAAUUCGUCACACUUCCAUGGGGAUUGCCUUCCUGGGACACUCUCCUCUUUUAAAGCCAUUGGGGCUGUAUUCUCCCCAUAUGCAGUCUCCCCUCCCCUGGCCAGGUGCAGCAAGAAUUGGGCUGGCACUGUGUUUUCUCUCCCCUGAGUGCUUCUGUGUUCAGUGAUCACCAGGCUGCUCCUGAGAGGAAUGGAAGCUACUCAGAAGAGCCUGAAGCCCUCUGCCAUGUCCCUCCUUCACCAGAAAAAGUUAUCCUGGACAUCACCAUCAUCACUCAGUGCCCUGGACUGCUCUGAGCUGGCGAUGCUCCUGCAGGACUGACAGAGCUGCAUGGAUGGAUCAACUUAAAGAUUGAAAUGGCUCAUCUAUACCCAGUGUUGCUUUCUAGGCACCCUGGGAUCCCCUCCCGGACCCUGCCGGGUCCUCAUGCUACCCAUAUGCAGUCAUCGCAGAUCAGUGCCAGCCACUGUCAUUGGGAGUUCAGGGAAAAGAUGACUUUUAUUAAGUAUUGAAAUCUUCUGUAUGUUUACAAAGCUGCUAAGCUUUUGGAAGGUAUUUAUUAGGCGACCAGGGGGGCUCUCUCUAGGCUAAAAGUAUAUUUGUGUGCUCACAAGUCCUCCGCUUUAGAAGCAGGGUGGGGUGAUGGGAGACCAUUUGGCUCUGAGUCUGGGGGGAGCUGUGUCCCUCGCCCAUUCUCCCUGAUGCACAACGUAUUACAAAGCUCAACCAAGUCAUUAGUGAGACUACCUAAGCGCUGCUGUGCAGAGCCUCCAUGCCCAGAGGAGCCUGCUGGAGCUAUCCAAGAAGGGUAUCUCCAUGGUUUGAAGCUGGAAAGAAAUGAGCUAUCUAGAAAGUUAAACAUACUGUGACCUCGUGCAAUCCUUUAACUGGCAGAGCAUCUUCAGUGGAGUUACCAGUGUAGUCUCACUGGGGCUCUGUCCUCCCUCACUGGAAAAGAUAUUCCUCUUUUUACUUCCUUCUAACGCUAGGGAUGUGACUUCCCCCUUCUUAGCUGUGGUAUUGCUGAUGUGGGAAGAUGCUGUGCUUCCCAGGAGCUUGGUUUGCAAUAGCUCCUGGGCUCCCAUGUUUCCUUAGGCUCUGGCUAUGAUCACUGGCAGCCCUGGUUGUGGCUCAGGGCUGUGCUGCCCUGGAUGCAGCACAGAGAGCACAGUGGUAUCAAAUGCCAUCACUUCAGAGUAGGAGCACUUUAUAGCUGCUGUGUGUUGAUGUAAGUGACUUCAGGUGCACAGAGAUGAACUGGACUUUGUCCAAGUGCUGAUCCUCCUGCUCAGUUUUGUGUAGGAUACUCUAUCCCCCUGCUGUUUAAAAGGUACAGGGCCCUUAGAAACGCAGGGCUUUUGUUCAAACAGGCAGUAAAACUUUGUCCCAGAGGGGACCUUUUCUAUAUGAUCUUGAUUUAGAGGGAAGAAUCCCCUCUGAAUUAGCCGUAAUCUGUAAAAGAAGAAAAACACUUUGUUCCAAGCAACGAGAAGUUGUUUGUUUUGUCAGUCCUCCAGAACAGGUUCAGGAGCUUGUACAGACAGCUCUGUAAGUGCCAUCAGAUCAUCCACCACUGCAGACCACAAGGGAAGGCUGACUUGCUGCAGGUAGUCAAGAAGCAGUACAAGGGUGAUAUCCAGAAAUAGGUAUGUGGGUAGUUGUGAGGGGAAAGGGAGCUGAAGCAUAGGGAGCCUGAGGCUAGCAGGCUGGCUCACCUCCUGAUGCAGACUGCUGCCAUGCACACGCAGCGGGGAAAAGGACUUUGCUUCUGCCUCUAGUUGUUGGCAGAAAGUGGGUCGUGAAAACACUUAGCACUUCAGCAGAGCUUUAUAUCUGCAAAGCACUUUACAAACAUGAAGGAAAGAAUCACCCCUGUCCCUGGCACUGAGCUAUUAGGAGACGUCUCUCUGAGACUGGGUGGAACUACUGGUGCCCUACCCGAGGGACUGAGAGGAGAUGAUGCGAGCUUAGAAAGGUGGAUAACCUCCCUCUUUAAGAACAAGUUGUUUCACUGGUGACCUGACGUUGAAUGGCUCACAGGAUUGCACUAGAAAGUCACUUCUGACCUGGAUACCUCCCAUAUGUCCUGGAAAACAAUCAUGGUGUGACUGUUUCCUUCUCUGUGCCAUUGGAACUGUGUCCCUAGGGAACGGGCUGACCUUGCCCUGUCCAGCUGUAGCAUGAAACAGCCUGGCAUGCUGCAUUUCUUUUUCUUUAUUUUUGCUCUGUGAUUAUCAGGCUUCUCUGAAAAGCCUGGAAAUGCCUCAUAUUUGUGACCUGGCCUUGCCAGAGGCCACAUCAAGGUGCAAAAGAGCCCUUCUGGUUAAUGUUCUGACUGUAUGGCAUUAUGGGUGAUUCCUGGUUUUUCCAUUGCUCGGUUGACAAACAGGUCUGUUCCCAGCCCUCACAAAAAGGUCCUCACUGAGUAAAUCCACAUUGUUUGCAUUAUUCCAGCUUUCAAUGUCUGAGUGUCUUCAUUCUUAUCACUGCUGUGCUGCAGGAGCCUCUGGACAGGCUGCUCUCCUGCUCUGUCCUGGUAGAGUUACAGACACAUCCUAACUCUGUAGCUACGUCCCUCAUUCAUACUCAUCCAUACAUACAUUUCUGUGCUCCUUAUUCCUGUUGCCAGAAGCUACCUCGCUUCUUGGUUACCCCAUCUCAGCAUGAUGGGGUCCCUUAGAGCACAUCCGUGGUAGCACUACUUAAAAAACUGUCCCUGCAGAUCUUGCCAUGACCCAAACCACAGGUGAAUGGGAUUCCUGAUGCUGUGCAUCAUCCCUGGAUUCUUGUCUUGCUGCAUUUCUGUGGCAGAUAAAGCUAUCGAGAAAGGUCAAAGCACUUUUGCCACCAAGAGGCUCAGCAGAUGCAAUGAGGCAUUUGUGGCUUUUGCUUACCCUGUUUUUGAUCAAUAUCUCCAGCAUUCAUUCAUGAUUUCUGCAAUCUUAAGAACUGUUCAAACCAUCCAGGAGUUCUCUGAGCUGUUUGCUUGCUAUAGAGGACUGAGGUGGCAAAGCUGGAUGUGAGCACAGACGUAUAAAUCCAACGAUCCCUGUUUAUGUUUAUUUACCCGAACAAACCCAUCAGCUUCGCCUUUUGCUUAACUAUAGAAUGAUAUAAUUGGGUUGAAUGGGAUCUUGAGGAUCAUCUAGUUCCAACCCUGCUGGUGUGGGGGCUUAAAAGCUCUUUCAGCUUUCCUCUCUUCUGCAGCAUUAUAGUCAAAGUCUGAGAUCCCCACCAUCUCUUGCUUCUGAUCCCUUCUCUUUCACUUUACCCCACUAAAUAUGGAAUUUUUGCUGAGCUGUUUCUUAAUUAUUCUGCUACCAACAGACUCUCACAGAACUCCUCUGCACUUUAGGAAGCCCACAGAUGAAUUGCGUGAUCCUCUUUCUAGUCGGAAAAGCUUAGGGUAGGAAAAGUCUUGUUGGCUGAAUGCUUCCUUGGUACUUCUGGAGAAGUAAUACAUUAAAGCAGUAUGAAGAGGUGGAAGGAAAAUGGGUAGAAUAGCUGUCACUUGGAACCUAAGAGCUCACGUUCAGAGGAGAGAUUUACUUCUUGGCAGGUGAGAGAUGUCAGUUUCAGGGCUGGAUUUAGGGCAUCUCUUGUACCAAAGCUCCCCCUCAUGGUGUUGCUGCGUGGUGGAGGCAGUGCUCUGUGUGAGAGGUGCGUGAAUCAGGUUGUGCCAGUGCUCAUGUGAUCUGUUAGUGGGUAAAUCUCCUCUGCUCAAGGUCUGACUCUGUCUUCGCAAGGAUGGAUGCUGACAGGGCCAUAACACAUUCUGAACUGCCCUCUGCAGUUCUGGUCUCACUGAAGUUCCAGGCUGGUUCUGGAACAGUCAUUUCCCAAAGGUAAGUGUUCUCUCUUUGGAGAGUCGGUCAUUUCUGCAGCUCAUUGCUCUGUAUGAGUCCUGACCUUAUCGCCUCAUUCUGUGCUUUGUUUUUCAUCCAUUUAAGCUCCCCACCUGCCCAGCACAUCCAUACGAUGGAGGGACCUUUAUGUGGCUCCUUAUUCCAUUAACCACAGCAGCACAGAAACGAGCAUCUUUCUUGUUUUGAAACAGGGAUCCUACUGCCUUGCUUUGCAGCCCUUUGUGCAGUUCUGAUGGCUCAGAGUCAGAGGCACCUGGUGCAGUUGGCAGUACCAAGGCGAGCUAUAUUUGCUAAGUUACAGCCACACGUUUUUAGGGUCUUCUCCCCUUUAUCAGCACCCCACGGUUCUCACUGGCCCAGCUGCUGAACCUGCAGCUUCCUACCUUUUCCUCCACAAACACUGCAGCCGAUGGCAGAGGUGAUGUUCAGGUAAGGCUCUCAAGCUCAUGCCUGUCUCGGUGAUCAUCUUUAUCACUCAUGUCAGCACAGGAUCCUGUGUCCCUAUGCUCUGCUGAGAGGUCACUGCCUGUCCCAGCAAUGCUGCCCUCCGGAUCCCUGCUCCGAGCUGCCCCAGCAUGAAGACUACAAGGAAACUAAAGCACUCUUCACAUGCCAUUCUCACUUGACUUUUUGUACUUAUGUAUGAAAGUUCGAAACUCAUAUUGCUGUAAAGAAAAGAUACAGAUUAAUAUAGCAUAUUAUAUAAAGAUAUAUGUAUAUAAUUUUUUCCCCCCACCCCCUUAUAUUGUAUGGCACUGUAUAAAAUGAAUGUCGAAGCAUGA